AGCAAAAUGUAAAUGCGAUUAAAGCCUAACGUGAACCACGGGGACCGUUAGAUAUCCGGCGCCAAAUAUUCGUUGGUUCUCUCUCUCUCUCUCUCUCUCUCUCUCUAAAAAGCUUCCCAUAAAAUCCAAAGAAAGCCAUUUUUUAAAAUUUGGAGACACUCCUAAGCUAUAUAGUCUCAUUUGAGCUGUAAGUCCCACUCUACCCUCCUCCACUUCAAUCUUAACUCUUCCAUCUUUAACUUUUUCCUAAUGGAGAGUAGCUUCUCUUCUCCUCGAAACGAUUCGUUUCCGGCUGGCCUCCGAGUUCUCGUCGUCGAUGAUGAUCCAACUUGGCUUAAGAUCUUAGAGAAGAUGCUCAAGAAGUGCUCCUAUGAAGUGACUACAUGUGGUUUGGCAAGAGAUGCUUUAAACUUGCUUCGUGAAAAGAAAGAUGGAUAUGACAUUGUAGUCAGUGAUGUAAACAUGCCUGACAUGGAUGGUUUUAAACUUCUCGAGCAUGUUGGACUUGAGAUGGAUCUUCCUGUUAUCAUGAUGUCUGUUGAUGGAGAAACGAGUAGGGUAAUGAAAGGUGUUCAGCACGGAGCAUGUGAUUAUCUUCUUAAGCCAAUAAGAAUGAAAGAACUGCGUAAUAUAUGGCAGCAUGUAUUCAGAAAGAAGAUACAUGAGAUCAGAGACAUUGAGAGUCAUGAAAGCAUCGAAGGUAUUCAGCUGAUAAGAAAUGGAUCAGAUCAGUAUGAUGAGGGAUACUUUUUUAGUGCAGAAGACCUUACUUCAUCGAGAAAAAGAAAGGAUGUUGAUAACAAAUAUGAUGACAAAGACUUUUCUGAUUGUUCAUCCGCAAAAAAAGCUAGAGUUGUUUGGUCUGUAGACCUUCAUCAGAAAUUUGUAAAAGCAGUACAUCAGAUUGGAUUUGACAAAGUUGGUCCGAAGAAGAUACUUGACCUGAUGAACGUGCCUUGGUUGACAAGAGAAAAUGUUGCUAGCCACUUGCAGAAGUACCGGCUCUACUUGAGUAGGCUGCAAAAAGAAAAUGAUAUUAAAUCUUCUUUUGGUGGGACAAAGCAUUCUGAUUAUUCCUCAAAAGAUCUUCAAGGAAUUCUUAGCGUUCAGAACUCGAUCAACAUCCAACAAAAUGAUGUUGCACAUGGAAGCUACAGAUUUUCUGGCAAUAAUUUGGUUGCUCAGAAUGCGGAUCCAAAGAGCAAUGAAGGAGAUAUAAAGGGGAUUGUUUCAGAGCCUGUAGCAGAACCUAAGAAAGGAACGACUGGCAAUAUUCCUGAUUCUCAGAAGACAAGGAGUUCACAAAUGGACUUCAAUAGUUCUUAUGCAGAAACCCAAAAAGGUUUGGUUGGAAACGUUCCCGAUUCCCAGAAGAUCAGGAGUUCACAGAUGCGCGUCAAUCAUUCUUUUGCAUCAGUGGAAUCUGAAGUAAACUUGACAGCAUUUGAUUCCACCAUCCCAGCGACGUAUUCUUGGAAUCAAAUUCAAUUGGAAAAAGAGCACAAGCCACUUAUUCAGUUAAACAAUGGCUUCAGCAAGCCUCCACUGCCUGGUCCACAGCACCAUUUCCAAGCUGAUCAACUACAAUCAAUUCCUUCCAUUAGCUCAAGACCUUCAAUCCCAGGGGGAGAUGUAACUGGCUCCAGUAAGAGUAAGCCUUCGUAUUCGGAGUACACAAACCAUCAUGGUAGCCAUGUAAGUCCAACAAUAAGUGCAACAGACUCUUUUCCUGGUCAAACCAAGAGCUGUGUGGUAGACCAUCAACUUUCUGAGACCAUUUCCACUAGUACAUCAAACAUGAAAAAUCAGGGCAUCAACCUGAGUACUGAUUUGGAAUCUGCCCAAAGAAACCUAAUCUUGGGAAGUACAUCACCUUUUGCUUCUUUGGACGAUGAGUUUCAGAUUUGCUGGUAUCAAGGUGAUUGUUAUGGUAUGAAUCUUGAACUUCAAAAUGUAGAGUUCUCGGAGUAUACUGAUCCUAUUCAUGUUACUGAAGUUCCUGCUCACCUGUAUGAUGCACUGAGAUUUGAAUAUCCAUGUGACCCAUCAGAAUAUUCUGUCCUAGAUCAAGGUCUGUUCAUUGCAUGACAUGCUCCUGCUCCAGCCUUGCUCUUUUGCAUUUGCACAUCUUCAACGAUGAAUGAUCCUCCACUAUUUUGUGUUUGGUAAGCUAAUAUAGUUUUGAGUGUCCCAACUUAAUGAAUCUGGAUACUAUCUCUCUGACCAGUUUGGAUUUGAACGUCGGGAAUGUGUAUAAUAGGAGUCAUGGCAAACACUAGCAAAAUAAGUUUUCUUCUUUACCUGGAUGUGAUGUGCAUUAGCUUUCUUGUAACUAUAUGCAUGUAGAGCAAAAUGCCUGCCAGAAUGUUUUGAUGGCUGUAAAAGCGCACAAAACUCAUGAUCCUCACAACUCAUGAAACCAGAAAUAAUUGUAAUUAACAACUGAGCCAAACAUAAUGUCUUUGUACUUUGUCAAAACAAUCAAGU